CGCCGGCGGUCAGUCUGGGAACUGAUGGGAAAGAUCGAGGAGAGCCCAAAGAAGGCGCGAGCGAUCUUUGACAAGUCCGGACUGGCCGACAGUAUCCCAGUGCCACCCAGUGGAGGCCUAGCUGCGGGUGAACCUGGAACGGAGGAGUGGGUGCUCAAGCUGGUGUGGCUGCUUCGGACUGUGAACUUCACGGUGCCUUAUGCAGCCGUCGGUGAGUUCUUCGGCCAGCCCAAGGAGGACAGUGAGAAGGCUGUCACGGCAUUUGCCGAAACCUUCGACUGGGGAGCCGCAGACAUCGAGAAGGCACUUCGGAGCUUCCUGGAGGCAUUCCUCCUGCCCAAGGAAGCGCAGCAGAUCGAUAGAGUUCUGCGGAUCUUUGCGCACACCUACUACAGGAAGCACGUGGAGCACUGCCGCAGUUCUGGCAAAGAGGGAGCAGGCUAUUUGAAGCACCCGGAUGCGGCCUACACGUUUGCUUUCAGUGUGAUCCUGCUCAACUCUGACCAGCACAACCCCAAGCUGAAGAAGCGGAUGAGCCUGAAG